AUGAGGAGAUUUGUUUACUGCAAGGUGGCUUUAGCCACUUCCCUGAUGUGGGUUCUUGUGGAUGUCUUUUUACUCCAGUACUUUAGUGAAUGUAACAAAUGUGAUGACAAGAAAGAGAGGUAUCUCCUGCCUGCAUUAAGGGCUGUUAUUUCGAGAAACCAAGAAGGACCAGGAGAGAUGGGGAAAGCAGUACGGAUUCCUAAAGAUGACCAGGAGAAAAUGAAAGAGCUGUUUAAAAUCAACCAGUUCAACCUCAUGGCCAGUGACUUGAUUGCUCUUAAUAGAAGUCUGCCAGAUGUAAGAUUAGAAGGAUGCAAGACAAAAGUCUACCCUGAUGAACUUCCAAACACAAGUGUAGUCAUAGUUUUUCAUAAUGAAGCCUGGAGCACUCUGCUUAGAACUGUUUACAGUGUAAUCAAUCGGUCCCCACAUUAUCUUCUCUCUGAAAUCAUUUUGGUUGAUGAUGCGAGUGAAAGAGAUUUUCUCAAGAUGGCAUUAGAGAAUUAUGUGAAAAAUUUAGAAGUGCCAGUGAAAAUUAUUAGGAUGGAACAGAGGUCUGGACUGAUCCGUGCUCGUCUUCGAGGAGCAGCUGCUUCAAAAGGCCAGGUCAUAACUUUUCUAGAUGCACACUGUGAAUGUACAUUAGGAUGGCUAGAACCCUUGCUGGCAAGAAUAAAAGAAAGCAGGAAAACUGUUGUCUGUCCCAUCAUUGAUUUGAUUAGUGAUGAUAACUUUGAAUAUACAGCUGGUUCAGACAUGACAUAUGGUGGCUUUAACUGGAAACUUAAUUUUCGCUGGUAUCCUGUUCCUCAAAGAGAGAUGGACAGAAGAAAAGGAGACAGAACUUUGCCUGUCAGGACCCCUACUAUGGCUGGCGGCCUAUUUUCAAUUGAGAGAAACUACUUUGAAGAGAUAGGAGCUUACGAUGCAGGAAUGGAUAUCUGGGGUGGAGAGAAUCUUGAAAUGUCUUUUAGGAUUUGGCAAUGUGGAGGAUCAUUAGAAAUUGUAACCUGUUCUCAUGUGGGUCAUGUGUUUCGCAAGGCAACCCCAUAUACUUUUCCAGGGGGUACUGGUCAUGUCAUUAAUAAGAAUAAUAGAAGAUUAGCAGAAGUCUGGAUGGAUGAAUUUAAGGAUUUCUUCUAUAUCAUAUCCCCAGGUGUUGUCAAAGUGGAUUAUGGAGAUGUAUCGGUCAGAAAAGCACUAAGAGAAAAUUUGAAGUGCAAGCCAUUUUCUUGGUACCUAGAAAAUAUUUACCCAGACUCCCAGAUUCCAAGGCGGUAUUACUCACUUGGUGAGAUAAGAAAUGUUGAAACCAACCAGUGUUUAGACAACAUGGGUCGCAAAGACAAUGAAAAAGUGGGCAUGUUCAACUGUCAUGGCAUGGGAGGCAAUCAGGUAUUUUCAUACACUGCUGAAAAGGAAAUUCGUACUGAUGAUUUCUGCUUAGAUGUUUCUAGACUCAGUGGGCCUGUUAUCAUGUUAAAGUGCCACCAUAUGAGAGGAAAUCAGCUCUGGGAAUAUGAUGCUGAGACCCACACAAUUCUUCAUAUAACCACCCAGGGUUGUCUCACAGUGAGCAAACUAUAUGAUGGCUCCCAAGGUACCACAGUGGAAAUGUGUAAUGGUAGUCCUUUACAAAUGUGGAAGUUAAAAAACUAUACAUUAUUGGAAGUUUUAAGGAAAGUUUUUUACAGUCCUCUUGAUUACAAACUCUAG